GCUGCUAUGUGGUAGUCACUCUCCCAUUUUAUAGCAGAAAAGUCAGUUGGCCACAGAUGCUGUCCGUUUUGCAUUCAUUUCAGUACUGGACCUUUCUGGAUUUAUUGUGCUUAUAAAGUGAAUCUGAUUCAGAGGUGUGAAAUACAGCAGGGGAACAAAUGACAGAUUUAUUUCAAAGGCAAAUCCACUCAAUAUUGCUUUAUUUUUUUAAGAUCAAGUUUACAAUUUAAUCCAUAUUUUCGAUGUAAUAGGUCGCCUGGAUAUUCAAUAAACAUGAUAAAGGCAUCCAAUGAUAUGUCUGGUUAAUGCUGAAGAGACGAUCAUCAUCGGUGUUUUGCUUCAAAGAGAUAUUGAAUUAAAACAAUUUGAACAAAGUUGUGGACAGUCUAAACUAAUGCUACCUGGCUAGUUUCUAAAUUGAGGAUUUACUUUUAAAUAGAUGUCUCCAGAUUUCUUCUAUCAUUCUGUUGUAUUUAUUCUAAGUGUAAAUCCUGUUUGAAGGUAACAGAUCUUGUGGAUAAUAUUAAAUUCAAUAAAUGACGUCAACAUUUGUAUGCUUUACAUACUGCAUAUUGUGAGGAAGGAGUGCCAUACAGGAAAAUAGGAAUUAAAUUCAUUGGUUCUUGAAGCUUGAAGGCAUUUGUUUAGAGGAUCCAGUUGAUUAAGAUUUGAUGCUCUGCUGCACAGUCUGCCUGUAGCGUACUAAUAUCACCUCAGACACAAAUCUGCGUCAGACUGUGCAAGUGUUAGUGCAUUUUCUUCAUUUUGUGGCAAUUCAGCACAAACCCGUUCUGUAUGUAUACGAUCAGGGGAAUAUUUCAUAAAACAGUCAAUGAAUAUUGUUCUCUGAGCCAAUCAGAUGCAAGGAUAUGAAGCUAUAACAAAUAGAUUGAUGUGCCUUCUUUGAGAAAUUUAUUUUUGUAAACUUUAUGCAGGAAAUAUAUUUUAUAAUACAUUUGAGGAUUAUACACUUCAUAUUUGAAUGUGAAGCACAAGGAAACAGUUAACAUUUUUUUUUAAAUCAAGAAGGAUUACAAUGGGAUCAUUACAGGAAACAAACAAGUGUCUAUCUGGAGAAAACAAUGCCCAAGAGAGUCAAGAUGUUAUUGAAAUGGAAGACCGCUCCUCAGUGCCUGGGAGUUCCGGUCCACCUCUGACUCAGACUGACUGUGGGAUAGCACAAGAUCCCGAUAUACGUCUCAUUAAUAUCAAUCAAGUACAACCUAUUAAAUACUGCUUGAAUGAAGUAGACACUGGAAAGUAUACCUUCAUCACUUUCUUCCCAAAGUUUCUGUUUGAGCAAUUCCGUCGCUAUGCCAAUGUCUUCUUCCUCUUCAUUGCUUUACUACAGCAAAUCCCGAGUGUAUCCCCUACUGGUCAUUAUACUACCCUCCUCCCACUUAUCUUCAUUCUAUUAGUAUCAGCAGUCAAGGAGAUUGUUGAAGAUAUCAAAAGACACAGAGCAGAUGAUGAAGUAAACAAUAGGAAAGUUUUAGUUCUGAGGGAUCAUAUGUGGGUUCCAUUAAGAUGGAGAGAGUUGGGGGUAGGUGAUGUGGUACAGGUAAAGAGAGGAGAAUUCUUCCCAGCUGAUCUUGUUCUUUUAUCAUCAAGUGCCCCUCAAGCUAUGUGUUACAUUGAGACGGCUCAGCUAGAUGGAGAGACAAACCUGAAAAUCAGACAAGGUUUAUCUCAGACGGCUAAUCUCUGCUCAGAAGCUGAUCUUAUGACUGUAGAUGGAACGGUUGAGUGUGAACUACCAAACAGACAUCUCUAUGAGUUUGUAGGAAACAUCAAACUAAAGCGCAAUCAGACAAUGGCUGUACCCCUGAGUACGGAUCAGAUUCUUCUUAGAGGAGCUACUCUAAGAAACACAAAAUGGAUCCAUGGUAUCGUCAUCUAUACAGGACAUGAGAGCAAGCUAUUGCUGAAUUCUAAGACUGCUCCAUUGAAGAGAUCAACCGUAGAUAGAACAACCAACAUCCAGAUCUUGUUCUUGUUCCUGAUCUUAAUGGUCCUGGCCCUAAUCAGUGCCAUAGCAGCGGAGAUCUGGAACAAGAAACACUUUCACAAGGAUUGGUAUCUGGGAUUUGAAGAUAAAACUCCUAAUUCUUUCUUCUUCAACUUCUUGACGUUCAUCAUUCUAUAUAACAACCUCAUCCCAAUUAGUCUUCCUGUUACAUUGGAACUAGUCAAGUUUGGUCAGGCUCUAUUCAUCAACUUUGACCUUGAUAUGUACCAUGCAGAGACGGACACACCAGCAGCAGCUAGGACAUCUAAUCUCAAUGAUGAACUGGGUCAGGUCAAAUAUGUCUUCUCAGACAAGACAGGAACCCUCACACAGAACAUCAUGGAAUUCAAGAUCUGUACCAUAGCUGGCAUCGUCUAUGGUGAUAACCCUGAUGUUGACAUCUUCAGAGAUAGCAAGAUGGCAGACAAUCUGGAAUCACAUUCCACAGCCCCACAUAUACGAAUGUUUGUUACCAUGAUGGCUGUCUGUCAUACAGUGGUUCCAGAGAAAGAUUUGAAUGAUCAAAUCAUCUAUCAAGCGUCAUCACCAGAUGAGGGAGCCCUUGUAGAAGCAGCAGCUAAACUUGGAUUCAGAUUCAUAGAGAGAACCCCAGACAGUGUAGAGAUUGUAGUGAUGGGAAAGCAGGAAAAAUAUGAAAUUCUGAAUGUUCUUGAUUUUACAAGUGAUCGUAAAAGGAUGUCUGUGAUAGUCAGAACCAGUAAUGGAACUAUUCUUCUCUUUUGCAAAGGAGCGGACAAUGUGAUAUAUGACAGACUAGCAUCAGACCAAGAAUUCACAUCAGAUACUGUCAGACAUCUAGAAGAAUUUGCUUCAGAAGGUCUCAGAACAUUGUGCUUUGCAUUCAGGGAGAUUUCAAAAGAAGAAUAUGAGGAAUGGAGUGCUACUUACUACAAGGCUAGUACAGCGAUUCAGAACAGAGAGGAGAAGUUAGCUGAAGCAGCUGAGCUCAUUGAAAUGAACUUCACUCUGAUUGGUGCAUCAGCUAUUGAAGAUAAACUACAAGAUGGAGUUCCUGAGACGAUAGAUACCCUACUGAAGGCUGAUGUUAAGAUAUGGGUUUUGACAGGAGACAAGCAGGAGACCGCUAUUAAUGUUGGAUAUUCCUGUAAGCUUCUGAACCCAGCGAUGCCAUUGUUGAUUAUUAAUGAGACUAGUCAUGAUGAGAUUAGAGAGACACUACAAAGACAUAUCACAGCAUUUGGUGAUCAGAUCGGCAAGGAAAAUGAUGUAGCACUCAUUAUCAAUGGAGAAGCUCUGAAGUUUGCUUUAUCUUUUGAUCUACGCAAAGACUUCUUGGAACUGGCUAUGUCAUGCAAGUCGGUCAUUUGCUGCAGAGUGACUCCUCUUCAGAAGGCGGAGCUUGUUGACCUUGUAAAGCAGAAUGUCAAAGCCGUAACCCUUGCCAUAGGAGAUGGUGCUAAUGAUGUAGGAAUGAUACAGGCUGCUGAUGUUGGUAUUGGUAUCAGCGGUCGUGAAGGACUUCAAGCAGCUAAUUCAUCAGAUUACUCCAUUGCUCAGUUUAGAUUUCUUCAUAAACUCAUGUUAGUCCAUGGAGUCUGGAGUUAUAAUCGUAUCUCAAAGGUCAUCUUAUAUUCAUUCUACAAGAACAUCUGUCUCUAUAUCAUGGAGUUCUGGUUUGCGAUAGUGAAUGGUUGGUCAGGGCAGAUCCUCUUCAAUAGAUGGGCAAUUGGUAUCUACAACCUGGUAUUCACAGCUUUGCCACCCUUUGCCAUCGGUUUGUUUGAUCGUAAUAUCAGUGUAGAGAGUAUGAAGAGAUUCCCUCAGCUUUACAAAUCAUCUCAGAAUGCAGAGUACUUCAAUUCAAAAGUCUUUUGGAUGUGGACUCUUAAUUCUGUAUUUCAUUCUAUUCUCAUCUACUGGUUUGUGGUAACCUCAAUGCAACAAGAUGUUGCCUGGGGUAAUGGCAAAGCAGGAGAUUAUCUUGUUGCUGGCAACAUGGCAUACACGUGUGUUCUCGUUGUUGUAACUCUAAAGGCUGGUCUAGAGAUGGAUACAUGGACAUGGCCUGUCCAUGUCUCAUUAUGGUUUGGUUUGAUAGCUUGGGUAGUAUUCUUUGGUGUCUACUCAGUUCUCUUUCCUCUCAUCUCAUUUGCAUCUGAUAUGUUCAAUGAGGCUCAAAUGGUUUUCUCCAGUACUAUCUUCUGGAUGUUAUUACUUCUCAUUCCUGUUGCAGCUCUCAUUCGAGAUGUCGCUUGGAAAGCUUUUAGGCGAACAAUGUACAAGACUCUUGCAGAAGAAGUUCAAGAAGCAGAGGUUCAGCAUAUUGAUCCAACAGCCAUCAUACAGAAAUCUGUCAAGAAGAGUUUUAGUGAAACUUCUCGGCUUCUAACAAGAUUGUUCAAACGAUCGCCCAGUAGCACCAGACAUCUUGCUGAGGAGGAAGGUACACCAAGACAUGGAUUUGCAUUUUCACAAGAGGAACAUGGUGUCAUUACUCAGGCUGAGGUGAUCCGAGCAUAUGACACAACCAAGAGACCGACAGGUGCAGUGGUUAUCCAUGAAGAGCCAAACAAGUAAUAUACGCACUUGUUUAAUGGUAGUCAGAAGCUGCUUGAUAUUUUCUUUCAACCACUAUGUGUAUCCCAUUUAUUACCAUUGGAUCCGUUGAGUGACAGAAGGAUGCUGUCUAUUUUUAGUAAUGUCAUACCAGAUUUUGAUCAAUGAUAUGCUAUCUAACUCGGGAAGUUAAACAAGGAAUAUAACUUCGGCACCUCAAGUAGACCAAGACUAGGACUUGGACCAGGGUCAGUCAAGUACUGCAAUGGAUAUGGCCUAGCUAUUGGAGUAUCCCCAUCACAAACAUAGUCCACCUCUGUACAUAAUGAUCAUGAUUCAUACCUGUAAAGGAUUAGGAGUAUUAUUUUGUCACAUAUAUGCAUGAGGUUUUCUUCUCAGAUUCCUCCAACUCCCACUCUCUCUCUCUCUUCCCCCCUCCCUCUCUGUUCCCUCUUCCUCUCUCUUUCUGUCUACCAAUGAUAACAGGGUUAAAUCUCUAGUACUAUGAACCACCCCCCCCCCCCCCAUCUCGCCUUUUAUGCAUAAACAGGGUCAAACUUGUUCCCCAACUCAAGUGUAAUGGUUGCUUACUGUUCUUUGUCUAUAUACCCCAUGAUUUGAGGCAUUAUUAAUUCUUCAAGUCCAGUUGUUAUUGAAGAUACUGAACAUUGUAAAACAUAGACUAUGAGGCCAAUACUCAUUUCAUUUAAGUAAUUUUACCUGAUAAACACUUUAAGUUUAGGGAUUGAAGUUUUGAGCAUUAGUUUACUGAUCCCUAUUUUUUUUCAUGGUAUCAUGUCAAAAGAUUUAAUCUCAUAGGGGAAUGUUGAGAGUAAAGAUGAUCAGGCAUAUUGAUGUUAGAUAUCUAAAGGAAUCAUCUUUUAAAAUAUUGUAUGAUAAUUCUAAUACAAAAAAUUUAAAGAAUUUUAAUUGCCAUGACGACAUCGAAUUGUAGGUUGUUUGAUGAAUCAUAAACAUGAUACAAGUGGUUUAUUAGCCAACAGAAUGCGGUAAAAAAGAUGCAAUAUUCUAAUUUUAGGAAGAAAGGUAUAAUUAAGAAUAAACAUCUGUGUGAAGGAGAGGAGUAAUGUCUUCUUUAUAAUAAUCCAUCCAGCAUUGUUGAUAUAAUUAUAUAAAUAUAAAAUAUUCUUUGUAUUAAGAUGAUAGUCAUCUUUGUGGAUGUCAGUGUCUUGCUAGCUGUAUGAUAUGCUUCAAUUUAGAAUUGUGAUAGAAUUACUUGAUUGAGAGAUGGAAUAAAAGAUAUAGGUUUAGUCUGCUUAAAUUGACCCCCUCUGUGUUAAAUAUUCACCAAAGUCUCAGCAAUUUUCAGACCAGGGUAGCAUUUAAAAAAGAAAUAAGAUUACUUAGGUUAGGCACCAAAACGCACAAGAAUUUGAAUGGGUAAUCUAAUUGAAGGAUACAUGGUAGCACGCAUCCCCUGUGCAAGAUCUAACCAAUAACAUAAUGUAUUAUAUACUGUACCAAAUGCAUCUGGAAAUGUAAUUGGAUUGUUAGUUAAAAUUAGGGUUUAUGACUACCCUGAUUGUGCAAAGAAUUUGUUGUUUACAUCUUCUAAGUCAAAUGUUGAUCAAGUAAAAAAAAAAUAUAUUUUCCCAAGAGAUAAUGACCUAUGCAUAUUCAUGUGUUUGUAUAAUUGAUGUUUAUUGCUCAUUGUUCAAUAUUAUCUAAGAACUUGUAUUGAAAUCAAUUUAAACAAAUUACCUUUAUCAACAGUAAUAGCUAAUGAAUUUUAUUUUGGGGGCAUACAGCUGUAAUUUGGGCUACUAGUACUCUUUUUUUAUUUGUAAAUGGUGAAAUAAUAAGCACUUUUAUUGACAAUGAGGAUCAUGAAUAUUCAUAAGUGUCUUUGCUUGCCUAAAUGAUGUUUAAUGAAGAUGUAUGUAUAUAUUGCUAUAUCAGUAAACUUGUUGCAAUGAGAUAUUCAUUUUUUUUAUGCAUUUGCCAAAAACUGGCUUAAAAAGUUCAAAUAUAUCAUAUGAAAAAUGUAGUGGCAUGCAUUGAAACUAAUGUACUUCAGAGCUUGAAUAGAUUGUCUAUAAUUGUUAUGAGAUGUUUUGUAUUCUUUUAUAGUGUAGUAAGGAAUAUUAUGAAGUAAUGUGAUUUGUUCUUACAGACUACAUAAUUUAGUAUUCAUGUUGUUAUCAUGAAUCAAUCCUUUGACAGCUUUUGCUACUCUGAGUGUUUAAUCUCAAAAUAAAGCUGUAUGAUAGGGAUAAUGACACCAUACAAUUUAUCAAUGUAUAAGAGCUCUGUAGACCUGUGCGCCAUUCAACUACAUUUAUGUACACAUGCACAACCCCUAAAAUGGGUAGUUUUAGCUGGUAAAGAUGUGAUGUUUUGUGGUUGCCUUUAUAGCGUCAAACAUGCAACAACAGGGGCCGUUUCAUAAAGCUGUUCGUAAAUUAAGAGCGACUGGUUCCUUUCUUGUGGUAAGUGGUAUGUACGAAAAUGUUCAUUGGCGAUGGUUUAGCACGUAAAAAAGGUUCACCAGUCGUUCUUAAUGUUGCUCUUAACUUACAAACAGCUUUAUGAAACGGCCCCCAGAAAAAAAAUUUGCAAAAACAAUAUAUUCCUGAAAAAUGAGGGGGGGGGGGAAAUAAUACAAGAAAAAAGGGUAUGUUUAUACUUUCUAGAAUGUAUUCACUUUUGUUCAAUGCAUCUUUUUCCCCUCAUAUUGGUAUAUAAAUAUGUUUACAUGGUUAUAAGGGGCUUGUUUUAGAGGGUUUUGAGUAUAAAGCAUACACAGAACAGAUGGAAAUAACAGAGUAUUAUUUUGACAAAUGAAAAACAUUAAUUAGUGGUCUUUUAUAUUUAGUAACGUAUGUGGCACCAUUGAAUCUAUUGCUGAUUUUUUUUUUUUGCAGUAAAUGUACUUGCAAACAAAGUCUAGCCAGUAUUGAUCAAAUACUUGCAAUAAUUGUAUAUCCUUUUAUCUAUAAUCUGUUAUAAUUGAAAUUAUAUUUUAUUUCAAAGUAUUUUUGUCAUGUGAAAAGUGAUCUGUUUCUUGGAUGUGUCUUUGUUAGUUUGUUUAUU